AUGGCGCCCAACACCAUCAUCCCCGCCAGGGCGGUGAUACCGUUCCUGGUGGGCAUGAUGCUGCUGACGGGAGUGUGCAACACCCUCUUGACCAAAUACCAGGACAACCAAUGCGUCCGCGACUGCGAUAACCCCGACCCCAAAAAACGCCGCCACUUUGAGCAACCCGUCAUCCAAACCCUCCAAAUGUUCGUCGGCGAAAUGGGCUGCUGGGUCGUCGUGGGCAUCAUGUCUCUCUACAACCGCUACAUUGCCAAAUCAGACACCACCACCGCCUACCAACCCGUCCGGACAACAGCUGACGACGAAGAGCCUGCGGUGGACAAUGCUAGCAUCCACUCCCGCACUGCUCUGACCGGGGGUGGCGGCAACAGGACAAUCAACGACCCUGCCUUUAAGGAAGAAACUCAUUCUGUCCUCCGGGGGUGGAGGGUUUGUCUUUUGGCCUUGCCAGCCAUCUGCGACAUUUUGGGAACCACCCUCAUGAACGCGGGGCUGUUACUUGUGGCGGCGUCGAUUUAUCAAAUGACUAGAGGGGCGUUGGUCCUCUUUGUGGGGUUGUUUAGUGUUAUUUUUCUUCGUCGGCAUCUUCACCUUUUUCAAUGGCUUUCCCUUGUUGGUGUCAUGACCGGUGUUGCCAUCGUCGGCCUCGCAGGGGCGAUUCAACCGGACAAGAAACACGCCGCGUCUGCGCAUUCGGCCACGGGGGUGGAAAGCGAUGCGUUGAGGGUGAUCAUCGGCGUUUUGAUGAUCGCCGGAGCGCAGAUUUUUACGGCUACGCAGUUUGUCCUUGAGGAGUGGAUUCUGGAGAGGUCGAGCAUUGAGCCGAUCCGGGUGGUGGGAUGGGAGGGGAUUUUUGGGUUUAGUGUCACGCUGCUCGGGAUGACGGUGUUGCAUUUUGCUGUUGGGCGGACGGAGGCGGGGAGGCUGGGGCCGUUUGACAUGGUGGAGGGCUGGAGGCAGUUUUGGGAGUACAGAGCUGUUUUUGUGAGCAGUUUGUUGAUUAUGAUUAGUAUCGGAGGCUUCAACUUUUUUGGUCUUUCCGUCACCAGGAGCGUCAGCGCCACGUCCCGGUCUACGAUUGACACUUGCAGGACGCUCUUCAUCUGGAUUGUCUCGCUUGGUCUGGGGUGGGAGACGUUCAAGUGGUUGCAGGUUGUCGGUUUCGCGCUGCUGGUGUAUUUCACCUUCUUGUUCAACGGGAUUGUGCAGCCGCCGUUUGCGUUUUUGAGGGUGAGGGAGGUGGAGGAGCUGUUGCCUGAGGAGCCGAUUGAACAUAACUAGGUAGGGAUUGGGUGUUGGAGUACACGAUGCGGAUUGACUUGGGAGAAGGAUGGGAGGGGGAUCGAUGGCAUAUGAACGGCGUUUGAUUUUGGGAUUGCGAGACUGGGCCGGGCUUUGUUCACGGGAGCUUAUUCGUAUUAUAUAGGCAUUAUCAUCACUAGUUUCCAAGAGACACAUGAAUAUCAUCACAUGAGUAGACGAAUUCAAAUACCUUUGAAAGAGAA